AUUCUUUGCAACACUACUCAGACAGACAAGGAAAAAUGGGUGCUGGAGCGCGUCGCAGGAAGCUCAAGUCGGUUGAUCCGUUCAACACGAAAUCCAACCGCGCACUGACACAAGACGAGAUUGAAGCAAAGACCAAAGUCAACCUGUCGAGGAAGGCCGAGACUGCCAUUCCGCGGUCGGUCAAGCGCAUCAUGGCAAUGAACGACGAGAUCAAGCGAACCGGAACAUACAAUGGCCGGCACGUUAUGGACGAAGGCGACUUGCCAUCGCGAAGCAAGAGCGACUCGCCAAAUCGGUCGCACAAGCCGCCAGCGGCGACAGCCACACGAACGCCCUCCUCCAACAGGACAGAGCCGCAAGUAGCCAAGCAAAAUGCAUCCCUGCGCAACAUGAAGCGAAUGGAUGGAGAGUCGAUGAGUGACUUUUCAAGGCGAGUAGACGCGGCUGCCCAACCGCAACUGAGCAGGUCUAUGCUGUCAUCGCACAAGACGCGCGAAAAGAGGAAAGAACAUCUUGAAAAGCGCCGAGCAAAGGCAAUGGGGCACGACAUGGAGAUGGACCACCAAGGUCGCCCAAUCCGCGAAUUCUCGUCCAUGAAGGACAAUGUCAAAUUCGGCGAGGUUGUCAUGCAACCACCACGCUUGACGGCCAAGCCCAAAACGAAAGUAGAGGUCAAGAAGCAGCCCCUCCUGCUGGAGCAAAUUUUGUCACGAAAGGCUCACGCUGGUGACGAUGCAACGGUGACUGCACAGCCGACCAAGCGCAAGGACAUGACUCCUGCGGCGAAAGCCCGUCUCGAUGCUGAACGCGAGCGAGCAAUUGCACUUUAUCGCCAAAUGCGGAAAGGAGGGAACACGUACGUUGCCCCGUCGCUUCCUAGUUUAUCGAUGGGAUGAGAGUGGGGUACUCAACCAACCCUAAAUAAAACCAAAUGAAGUGAAUUGUAAUGAUACAUUGUGAAUUGAACGAAACACUACAUGUACAAACAUCGACAACAAAAUUAU